AUGGCGACUGCUAUAUUGGGCGAAGACUCGCUUAGCGACGACAUCAAAUACGCCAGGCUUCCCUCAAGAGGCACGCAGGAGAUUGCGUACCGGUUCCUAAAUUUCGCCGCUGGACCAAAUUGUAGACCUGGUCGCGACUAUCCACAGGUGAAAAGAAAUGGGCACCAUGGAGAGGAUGGGUCUACAGCCGAGAGUAUGCUCCUCGUCUUCAUUAAUGGUCUUAUUCUCUCCAUGGCAUCUUGGAACUCGAUGCUUCAUCAUCUGUCGGAUCUCUCGUCCAGUCCAGGCGCAGUGUCGACACAGAUUUCUUCCUCGAUUGGACAGAAUACUGACGGAACGCAAAAGCUGGAGCGAACCCCCGUCGCCUUCUCAGCGCUUCUCUACGAUCGCUAUGGCCAAGGUCUAUCGAUCCCUUCAGGAGCUAAGGUGGAUGAACACAGUUUUGAGUCGGCCGUUACUGAGUUACAAGAACUUCUCGAUUUCGUGCUCGGUAAAUACUACACCUCAGCUAGCGAGCCCAGAAAAGUAAAUGGACAUCUCAAGGUCGUCCUUGUGUCUCAUUCGAUAGGGGUGCCACUGGCGCGUCUGUUCGUUUCGACUUCUGUCCCUUCGACCUUGUCACGCCUUUCCACCGUCGAGUUAGCAGCACACAUAUUCCUCGACUCCAACAUCAGCACUGCAGACUACGCUAGACUGAUCCCUAACCCCGAUGCAGCCUCCUUCGACCCGGAAAUACUCCCACCGGAUGCCAGUGCAGAGCAGCUGAGAGACUGGCGAGCCAUAAUGCUCGGUCGUUUCGCGCCCAACGUCCAGAAUCCGGAGGGCCUGUCAAGGACGCGCGUUGCCUCGCUCGUUCCCAGCGCAUCUGAGCCAAAGCUACGCAAUCACCUCGGGGUUGAGGGAGGAGGGGGUGCUAGAAACACACAGACCUCCCCCUACCUAAGUGUGCUCGGACAUCAUCCAGCAGCCUUCGCGGCCGAGUCGGAGCGCAGUACCGGUCUACCUGGAUCGCUAGCCCUAGCAUUUAUUCAACCGGAAUGGGAAAAGUACAACUCGGAAUUGAGCAGUCUGGUGUCAGGAUGGAAGCUUUUGUCAAAGAAAGGGAUCGUUGGAGCGGAGGAUAGGGAGAAAGGUUCGCAGCCAGGGGUGAGUCUGGUGUACGGGGCAGGUCAUUUUAUCCAGCGUGAUAGGCCGGACGUUGUUGCUCAAGAGACGUUCAAGAUGGUUCAGCAUGUCGCGGGGGUUUUUCAUGAAUAG